AUGCGCGAUGUCUUUUCAGAUGAGGCUUACGUUCAGCGCAUGAUUGAGGUUGAGACAGCACUUGCACGGGCGCAAUCGAAGGUUGGUGUGAUCGAGCCAGACGUUGGAGAUGCUCUCACACAAGCUAUGGCAGGUGUCAAGAUCGAAACGCUGCGCCUUAUGUCGGAGAAGUACCGCGACGUACCAAUGGCAGGCCGAACUCAUCUCCAACACGCUUUACCGUGCACAUUUGGCUAUAAGUGCGCAGUCUAUCUUUCCGGCAUGAUCCGCCACCUAGAGCGUCUCGGCGAGAUUGAGAAACGAUGUCUUUAUGUCCAAUUUGGCGGGGCUGCGGGAACUCUUGCGUCUCUUGGCUCGGAUGACAGCGGGAUCCGCGUCCGUGCCGAGCUGGCGAAAGAGCUUGGCCUUACAGAUCCGCCAAUUACUUGGCACUCGGUUCGAGACAAUGUAGCUGAGAUUUUGAAUUUCUUGGCGCUGGUGGGAGGCUCCCUUGGCAAGAUCGCGUACGAUCUUAUCGUCAUGUCCUCCAACGAGAUUGGGGAAGUCUCAGAGCCCUUUGUGCCUCACCGAGGGGCGUCAUCCACAAUGCCGCAAAAGAGAAAUCCGAUUUCGAGUGAGGUCAUAUAUGCUGCCUCCAAGCUACUCCGUUCCAAUGCGGCACUUGGGUUAGACGCUAUGGUCGUGGACUUCGAGAGAGCUUCGGGUCCUUGGCAUCUUGAGUGGGCAGCUAUCCCUUCUGCCUUCGUCCUUGCUGCAGGCUCUCUGCAUCAGACCGAGUUUGCUCUCAGCGGGCUGGUAGUAAACACCGGCAAUAUGCUUAACAAUCUCAACUCCACAAGGGGUUUGAUUGUCGGAGAGGCAGUGAUGAUGGCGCUCGCACCCUUUCUCGGUCGCCAGGCUGCCCACGACUGUGUCUAUGCGGCUUGUAAGGAGUCAAUAGAGAAUGGAAAAGUUCUAUUCGAUAUACUCAAAGAGCGACCUGAGAUUACAGCCCAUAUUGACGAGACGAAGCUCUCGCAAGUUUGUGACCCGACAAAAUACUUCGGAGCAAGCUGCCUCAUGGUAGACAAUAUGAUCAGAGUUGCAGACUUCUCGACGAAUACGCAGAAGUAUGUCAACGGUACAAACGGAUUUAAAGCAUGA